AUGACGGAUAAAGAAGGAACAGGCGAUGGAGAACAGGAUGACAUUUCAUUUUUACGGACGGGUGAUAUCGUUGCGAUGACAUGUAUGGCAUCAGCAAAUCGUGAAGGUGUCCUCGGUUCCGAAAGAGUUUGUCUCUGUACCGAAGGUUUCGGUAAUCGUAUGUGUUCAUUGGAAAAUGUUUCAGAUCGGGAUCUUCCACCAGACAUAUCUAUGUGCAUGCUAUAUAUCGAUAAUGCGUUAUCGGUACGAGCACUUCAGGAAAUGAUGAGUAAUGAUAAAGAACUGAGAGGGACAGGUAGUGGUGGAGGUCACAAAACCCUGUUGUAUGGCCAUGCAAUACAGCUCAAACAUGUUCAAAGUGAAAUGUACCUGGCUUGUCUGUCAUCGUGCUCAUCCAACGAUAAGUUAGCAUUUGAUGUUGGCGUGCAAGAAAAUAACGAAGGUGAAGCGUGCUGGUGGACAAUUCAUCCCGCUUCCAAACAGCGAUCAGAAGGAGAAAAAGUUCGUGUGGGUGAUGAUGUCAUUUUAGUUUCCGUUGCAACUGAACGAUAUCUGCAUAUGACGCACAGUAAAGGAUUCAUGGUAAUUGCAUCAUUUCAUCAAACACUUUGGAAUAUCACUUCGGUGAGUUCGGGAAGUGUAAGAAUACGAAAUAUGG